AUGCGUUUAUCCAAGCUCUCGCUUCUCAUCCAGGCUCUGCUGGUGACUGCGGUCGCAGCCCAGAGUGCUGGUGUCUCCAACAUCGCGUCGGAUGUCACAACUCAGACCACUUCAUCAUCCUCUUCUCAAGCGCCCGAAACUACAUCGACGACUUCGUCAACGUCUUCUACAACAUCUGAAAAGACUUCUACCGAACCAACUACCACCGCCCAGCCUACUACCACUACGACUUCUUCCGUCUCCAGCGAGCCUACCACGGAAUCUACCGCUGAUUCUACCACUGAGUCUGCGACUGAGUCUACCACGGAGUCUACCGCCGAGUCUACCACCGAGUCUACCAUUGAGCCUACCACAACAGCAGAGCCUUCCUCCACUCUGGAGGCUAUCGUCUCUUCGACCACUUUCGACACUCAGCCCACCGCGUCCAAAACCAAGAGCGAUAGCCAUAGCACCACUACAUCUCAGAGUACCACGACUACCCAGACCCCGAUCGUGAAGACUAUCACCUCCUACGCGACCAGGGAUGGAUCCACGAUCGCCAACGUGGUGACUACCACCUCCACCCCCGCUCCCGAAGCCAGCUCCCCUUCUCUCAACGGCGAGAAGAGCUCCAGCUCUAGUGGGUUGUCUUCUUCGGACAAGAAGAUCAUCAUCGGUGUUGUGGUGGGUGUCGGUGGUGCCAUCAUCAUCGGUGUUCUGGGCUUGGUCUUCUGGAGAAUCCAGAAGAAGCGCAACGAGCAAUACGGCGAUGAGGACGAUCUGAUGGGUGGCACCGCUGUGGGCUCCGGUCCUCGCGAGAAGGCUCCCAGCCCAUCGGGCAAUACCCCCUUCAAGAACACACUAGACCAGUACCACAACCCUGGUCCUGUCAACGCGGCAUCUAACUUCUAA